CCCUGAGUGAAUAGGUUAUAGUUAAUAGGACAUCUAAUUACUACACCUUUUAAAGUAAAUGCGUUUUAUUUAUUUCAAAUUCCUUCUAAAUAAUUUUUUACUUGACUGAUUACUAGGUUUUAACGUGAAGCCUAUGGAUUUUAUUUUGAAAGUGUUGGCCGGAAGCCAUUUUUGUCACCUUGGUUGGUUUGACGCUCGUGUGUAGCUGCUGGGGGUGCGCCAGAUUAAACCAGUGAGUGAAGGGAACACGUUGAUAAGAGCAGACAUUUCACAUCUAUGAAAGUACAGAAGAACUGUCGAUAACUGAUAUAAGGACUCUGGAACCACGUAUUUAUUCUUAGCGUUUUGCUUUCCCGGGAUAUUAAAGUUUGGCUGUCAAGUCUCUGGAUCCCAUCUACUCCUCAGUAUGGCUGAGCCUGCUGAGCUGCUGCUCAUCAAGGACCAGUAUGAGUUGGCGUUUCAUUCUCUGAGCCGUGGGCUGGCUGCGGAAGAGGCUGGGAAGAGAGGGGAGGCCCUGCUGUAUUACAGGAAAGGUCGACAGCACCUUACCCAAGGAAUGGAGGUUCCCACUGGGGGGGAGAGGCAGCGGGGAGCGGCCUGGGACACGGCCAGGCAGCUUCAGCAGAGGAUGAGGGACACUCUGAGAACUGUCAACACCCACCUCUCUGACCUGGAGAUCUCUCAGCUGACAACAGGAUGCCAGAGAGGCCGCCUGUUGGCGGAUCUUUCUCCCAAUCUUUAUCCAGACCUGGCACCAAACACUCAGCCUCCCCAAAGCUCCCUCCACCAUCUAUACCCCUCCAUACUUGCUACCGCCCAGAACACAACCCCAAAUCCAAAAACACCCCCUGUCAGCCCUCUUUCCCCUGCUGCUCCGCACACACUCACGCUCCCUGCAGCGGCUCCAGGAACUAUAGCCAUGGCUAACCCAGGGGACCAGCCUCCAGCAUACACACCACAGCCAACAGUCGGCCACCGCAGUCUAGCUUAUGGUCUUGCUGGAGGCGGACUCCGGUCAGGAAAGCAGACUGGUGAAGCGGCAGCAGGAGGAGAUGGAAACGAGCUGCUUUUCAUCCCCGCUGGGGUGCAGAUGUUUUUUGUGGAAGCAAAUGGGCAGGUCAGCUCCCUGUCUUAUCCAGGCUACCUUCGCAUCAUAGCAUUUGACAGUCAGCACAAGGAUUCCACUGCUGGAAGACCCUCAGCAUUUCUACAUGUGUGUGACUGGCUGUACCCACUGACAACAGACACUCCAGUGCUAUUGGCUACCUCUGGGAUCUUCAUGUUCCCUGACUCCUUGGCAGAGACGCCUGGGUCCUACGUGGGCAUAGUGUUGUCCUCCGAACUGCCUGCGGCUGACCGAGAGAUGUUUAAGGACCUCCUAUUGCAGCUCACUGAACUCAGGGUCCAGGGUCCAGAGGGGGCAGAGUCAGAGGUCUUCGACCUGAGUGAGAAAAUCCCCCUUGGUCCCCAGACAGAGCAAACAGGACUGACUGUGCCAACAGAGGAGAAGGAAAAACCACCACUUCCUGGAUGGAGUGAGAAGAUGGCACAAGGAAUCUUGUCAGGCGCUACAAAGUUGAGUCAAGAGUUUGUAAAAGGAGCAGAGGCUACUAGUAGGGCCAUUUAUAAAGGAGCAGCCAAGAUCCGGGACCACAUCACGCCUGAGGAAACUCCUUCAGAGGUCAGCCCCCGUGUCACCAAAGGUCUGCAGGUGGCUAGACAGGCCACUGGGGGUGCUGUGCGAGUCAGCCAGUUCUUGGUUAAUGGAGUGAGUACAGUGGCAGGACACGUGGCAGAAAAGGUGGCGCCCCAUGUGAAGAAACAUGGUGUUAAGCUGGUCCCAGAGUCUAUGAAGAAGAGCAAAGAUGGCUGUGCUUCUAACUUCGAUGGAGCCAAGUUUGUGGCAGUCAGCAGUGUACAAGGUUUCUCUACUAUUUGGUCGAGUCUGGAGACCGGAGCAAAGCUUGUUGGCAAAAGUGUUACAACAGAGACUGUCAUGAUUGUGAAGCACAAGUAUGGUGACGAUGCAGGCCAAGCCACAGACACGGCUCUCAAGUCAGUGGUCAAUGUUGGUGUGACUGCCUGCAACAUUGACAAUCUAGGCAUCAAAGCCUUCCUGAAGACUGCAGGCAAGCAGACAGCCAAGAACAUGGUCAAAAACCCGGAUGGACAGCCAGCAGAAACUGAGGGCCAGGAGGCGCAGAAACAAGAACAUCAAGCAAAGACAAAUGGGAAGGAAGUGCAGAAGGAGGUGGAAGAGUUGAAAAAAUAGGACGUUAAUGCUUUGCUUGAAGGUUUCUGUCAGUUUGACGGAUCAACUCCUCAUUUGCAUAUUCGUACAAGGAAAUAGGGCACUUAUUUCUGGAGUAGAUAUUUAGUUGUAUUAUUUCUGAAUGUAAAACAAGGAGCCAAAAAUAUGGGCCUAAGGCAAAUUGCAAUUUUAUUAAAUACUAUUUUCUAAUACUAUUAUACUAAAUUCUCUCUUGGUCAAGGUUGGCUACACUGUUUUGUGUUAUAUGAUUGUAAAUUUGUGGUAGUAUUUUAGCCAUGUCAUUAUAUGUUUAUAUGUAUAUAUUUUGUGGAUGUUUUGUAAGUGACAAAACAUUCAGUAUCUAUAGGCCUACCAGUAAACGGUAGACUUAUAGAUUGACCACCUGUAUGUUGAGAUCUGUAUGAAAGUGGCCAUAAUAAUGUAAAGGACCCAAAUGUACAUAAAAAACAAACUGCACAUUU